AUGCGGUGCCAGUGUGGUUCGCGAAUAUGUGAAUUUUUGAAUAUGAUCAUUAAAGUUUCACGAUUUUUUACGCAUCAGAGAGAUAAACGAUUGUUUGGUGUACUCAACAACGCUGAGACGCCCAAUGCAAACCGUUACUAUUGUGUUUUGCCUCUUAGCCGUUUAGCUGCUGUCGAACGUAAAGGUACCUUUAAGGUAGAAUAUUUACAAAAAAUCGAAGAGGAAGUGCAACAACGAUGGGAAAAGGAACAUUUGCAUGAAACAGAUGCUCCCUUGGAGCCAAGGAAAUCGUUGGAUGAAAAGUUUAUGGUCACCUUUCCCUUCCCCUAUAUGAAUGGACGUUUGCAUUUGGGUCACACCUUUUCGCUGUCCAAAGCUGAGUAUGCCAUACGUUAUCAUCGCCUGAAGGGUAAACGUGUACUCUGGCCAUUUGGUUUCCAUUGUACCGGUAUGCCGAUCAAGGCAUGUGCCGAUAAAUUGAAACGGGAAAUGGAAGAUUUUGGUUAUCCACCACAAUUUCCUGCCGUCAAGGAGGAAGCGGCAGUUGUGGAAGUUCAAGCUGAGGUGCCUAAGGAUAAAUCGAAGGGUAAGAAGAGUAAGGCUGUGGCCAAAACCGGUUCGGCCAAAUAUCAAUGGCAAAUUAUGCAAAGUUUGGGUCUAAAGGAUGAGGAGAUUAAGGAGUUUGCUCAUGCCGAACAUUGGCUGAACUAUUUCCCUCCAUUGGCUGUGAAGGAUUUGAAGAGGAUUGGUGUGCAUGUGGAUUGGCGCCGCACCUUCAUUACCACAGAUGUAAAUCCAUUCUUCGAUUCCUUUGUUCGUUGGCAAUUUGUCCAUUUAAAAAAUCGUGGUAAGGUUAUGUAUGGCAAACGUUAUACAAUUUACUCACCUAAGGAUGGACAACCCUGUAUGGAUCAUGAUCGUUCGACGGGUGAAGGUGUGGGUCCCCAGGAAUAUACCUUAAUUAAAAUGAAGGUAUUGGAAAACAAAGGAAAAUUGAGUUCUAUUAAGGCUCCCGUUUAUUUGGUGGCUGCCACUUUGAGGCCUGAAACCAUGUAUGGUCAAACCAAUUGCUGGCUGCAUCCCGAUAUCAAAUACAUUGCCUGGAAGACAACACGCAAUGAUGAAGUUUGGGUAAGCACCCGCCGUGCUGCCCGCAACAUGUCCUACCAAGGCUUUACCGCUGUUGAGGGUCAAGUAGAAGAGCUUCUUGAAUUGACAGGUCAAGAUUUGCUAGGCACUCCUCUCUCUUCCCCCUUGACCAGUCACAAAGUUAUUUACACGUUACCCAUGUUGUCGAUCAAGGAAGAUAAGGGUACCGGUGUUGUUACCUCUGUCCCCUCCGACUCUCCCGAUGAUUAUGCCGCCUUGCUGGAUUUACAAAAGAAGGAGGCAUUCCGUCAAAAAUAUGGUCUUACCGAUGAAAUGGUUGUACCCUAUGAACCCAUCCCAAUCAUUGAGGUCCCCACUUUGGGUAACUUGUGUGCCAAAUUUGCCUACGAGAAAUUUAAGAUUCAGUCUCAAAAUGACAAGGAUAAAUUGGUGGAAGCCAAGGAAUUGUGUUACCUUAAAGGUUUCUAUGAUGGCGUAAUGUUGGUGGGCGAUUUCAAGGGCAAAAAGGUACAGGAUGUGAAAAAGGAUUUGCAAAAGCAAUUGGUCAACGCCAAAGAGGCUGAUAUCUACUAUGAACCGGAGAAGACCAUUAUUUCACGUUCGGGUGAUCAAUGUGUUGUCGCCCUCUGCAAUCAAUGGUAUUUGAAUUAUGGCGAAACCGAGUGGCAAGGACAAGCUAAGAAAAUUUUGUCACAAAUGGAAACAUUCCACGAAGAGGCUAGAAAUAAUUUCGAACACUGCCUUGGAUGGUUGCAUGAAUAUGCUUGCUCGCGUACUUAUGGUUUGGGUACCAAAUUGCCUUGGGAUGAACAGUGGUUGAUUGAAUCUUUGUCCGACUCCACCAUCUACAUGGCCUUCUACACCGUGGUUCAUCUAUUGCAAGGUGGUUCUUUCCGUGGUGAAAAACCCAGCCCCUUGGGCAUUAUGGCCGAGGAGAUGACCUCCGCUGUGUGGGAUUACAUUUUCUUUAAGGAAACUCCCUAUCCCCACAACUGUGGCAUUCAAAAGGAAAAACUGGACAUUUUGAGACGUGAAUUUGAAUACUGGUACCCCAUGGAUUUGAGAGUAUCAGGCAAGGAUUUGAUACAAAACCAUUUGACUUUUAUGCUCUACAAUCAUGCCGCCAUGUGGCCUAAGGAUGAAACCAAAUGGCCCAAAGGUGUGCGUGUCAAUGGUCAUUUACUUUUGAAUUCCGCAAAAAUGUCCAAGUCCGAUGGUAACUUUUUGACUCUACACGAAGCUGUGGACAAGUUUUCUGCUGAUGGCAUGCGUCUGUGUUUGGCUGAUGCUGGUGACAGUGUGGAAGAUGCCAACUUUGUUGAAGCCACCGCUGAUGCUGGUAUUUUGCGUCUCUACACUUUCAUUGAAUGGGUUAAGGAGAUGAUUGCUGCCCGCCCUGCCAUGCGUAAAGAUGCGCACCACACCUUCAACGACAAGGUGUUCAUUAGUGAAAUGAACUUGAAGACAAAACAGACGGAUGAAUUCUAUAAGAAAAUGUUAUUCAAGGAAGCCCUGCGUUCCGGGUUCUAUGAAUUGCAAUUGACCCGUGACAAGUAUCGUGAAUUGUGUGGUGCCCAAGGAAUGCAUGCCGAUUUGGUCUUUGAAUUCAUUCGCCGUCAAGCUUUGCUUAUGGCACCCAUCUGUCCUCAUGUUGCUGAACAUGUUUGGGGUCUAUUGGGUAAUAAGCAAUCCAUACUCCUAGCCAGCUGGCCUGAAGUUGGUCCCAUCAAUGAAACGGACAUUAUGUGUUCUGAAUAUCUGAUGGAAGCAGCCCAUGCAUUCCGUUUGAAUUUGAAAAAUUUGCUGCAAGUCAAGGGCAAGGGUGGCAAAGAAAAGGCCGUUGAUCCAACAUCAGCUAAACCCAAUCGUGCUGUUGCCUGGGUUGCCAAAACCUAUCCACCAUGGCAAUCGUGUGUAUUGAAUACUAUGCGUGAAUUGUAUACUGCCAACAACAACUGCCUGCCGGAUAACAAACUGAUUUCCACUACCCUAGGACAAAAGGAAAUCCUUAAGAAAUAUAUGAAACGUGUUAUGCCAUUCGCCCAGAUGAUCCGCGAAAAGGUUGAAAGUGGUAAAGGUUUGGCUGCCAUGGCAGUGUCCUUGGAAUUCGAUGAACGACAGGUGCUUCUAGACAAUUUAGAUUAUUUGAAGAAUACCUUAGAUAUUGAGGCUUUGGAAAUUAAAUAUACCGAUGAUCCUGCCGCUCCUGAAAAGACACGCGAGGAAGUAAGGCCUGGAAAUCCGUUUAUAACAUUUACCGUGGCGCCACAUGUACCGGUGGUGUUUACCAAUCCCGUUGAAAGGUCAGGGUUGUUCCAAGUAAAUGCCGUGGUCUCAGAGGGUGAAACGACAAAGACCUUAAAAGAAAAACUGGCUAAGAUUUUGGGCUUUAAGGCUGAUUUAUCAACCUUGAAAAUCUGGCGUUAUGAUGACCCUGUUAUGGGCCAUCGUAAAAUGCCCGAAUUCCAGGAUUACAAAACUGGCAAAUCUCUAUUGACUGAAGGCUCUCUGGUGGUCGAUGUUGAGAAACAAAGUAUUACUUUGAUUGAAGAGGGAAGUGGUGCUUCCAUACCUGUAGGCCGCCACUUUAUUUAUGUUGUAGAGUAA